AUGGCAUCCUCCCUCAAGGCAUUGCUUGUUGAGGAUACGGCAGUUCAACGCAUGGUUCUCUCCGCUUUGCUGCGCAAGCAGUUUCACUGCGAGAUCACCAUGGCGGAGAAUGGGAAAGAAGCUGUUGACAUGUUCCUUGAGGGCAACACGUUUGACAUAGUUUUUUGUGAUAAGGACAUGCCCAUAAUGACCGGCCCUGAGGCAGUUGGGAAGAUCCGUGCCAUGGGUGCCACCGAUGUGAAGAUCGUCGGGGUGUCCACUGAUUUUGAGGCCAUGGAGGCCUUCAUGAGCGCCGGUGCUGAUGUAUUUGUACCCAAACCAAUCAGGCUUGAUGUUGUCGAGCCUAUGAUCCAGGAGGUCAUCAACAAGAAGAAUAAUUAA